AUGUAUAAGGCGUUGCUGUUUGCUUUAUUUGCGACGGUGGCGGUAGCCAGGAAGUCUCCUAAUGCUGAUUUUGCUGAGGAGUUCCUGAGAAGCAGUGGCAGAUAUUCGACCGAUGUGAUCGAAGAUGCACUUCUUGAUGUCCCGGAUUUAAUCAGGAAAUACCGUUACCCAGUGGAAGUUUACAAAUUGGUUACGAAAGAUCAAUAUGUGCUGGAACUACACAGAAUCCCCCAUGGCAGAGACCAGACAGGGACCCCGGACCCUAACAGACCAGUUGUAUUCAUCAUGCACGGCCUUUUGUCGUCUUCAGCUGAAUUUGUGGUAUUAGGCCCAGGAAGGGCUCUAGCUUAUAUUCUUGCCGAUGCCGGCUUCGACGUAUGGAUGGGCAAUGCCCGCGGAAACUAUUACUCAAGGGAGAACCUCGUCCUCGACCCCGAUGCACGCUUCAACGGCGAUUUCUGGCAUUUCAGCUGGGAUGAAAUCGGCGAUAUCGAUCUACCCACCUUCAUUGAUUACAUCCUGGAGAAAACCGGCAAGUCCAGUUUGCAUUACGUCGGACACUCGCAGGGUGGUACGUCGUUCCUCGUUCUGAACUCUCUGAGACCCGAGUACAAUGAGAAAUUCAUUUCGUUCCAAGCUCUGGCGCCUGCAGCCUUUUUCUUGUAUAAUGAAAUGGAUUUACUGCUCACGUUGGGACCAUAUGAGGGGCCUCUCGAUGACGUUUAUCAUUACUUCGGACUCGGCGAGUUAUUAGGCAGGAGGGAUGCUCUAAAAUGGCUUACUGUCAGCUUAUGCAAGGAAGGUGCCAUAUUCCACGAUCUAUGUACAAACAGACUAAAAGGAGACAAUACAGCGUACAUAAAUUCUACGUUGACACCUCUAAUCGUAGGUCACGCGCCUGCCGGAGCAUCUCUAUUCCAACUCGGCCACUACGGACAAUCUUACAACUCCAGAGAUUUCAGAAGAUACAACUUCACCCCCAUGAAGAACAUCGAACGAUACGGACGCCCAGUGCCACCUUCCUACGACCUGUCCCAAGUGACAACGCCAACAUACCUCCAUUACGGAUUGGGCGAUUACGUCACAGAUCCUAGAGACAUGAUCGUACUCGUCGAUAGACUACCCAAUGUGGUAGGUAUGUACCUAGCCCCACGACCAAGUUUCAACCAUUUCGAUUUCGUUUGGGGUGUAGACGCGAGGGAACAAGUGUACGAUACCGUUGUGAGACUUAUGCAAGAAUUGGAAGCGAAUAAGAAAUAA